GGUGGCGUCACUGCCGGGGCGGAGGCGCUGCGAGCACGGGCGGGGGCUGGCGCUGCCGGGGCCCUGCGCUAUGGCCAUCUUCAGCGUCUACGUGGUCAACAAGGCUGGCGGCCUCAUCUACCAGCUGGACCACUACGCGCCCCGCGCCGACACCGAGAAGACGUUCAGCUUUCCGCUCGAUCUCGUCCUGCGUCCGCACGACGAGCGCAUCGUCGUCGCCUUCGGGCAGCGGGACGGCAUCCGCGUGGGUCACGCCGUGCUCGCCAUCAACGGCGCCGAGGUCAACGGUCGCUUCACGGCGGACGGGAAGGACGUGCUGGAGUUCCUGGCUAACCCCGCCAACUACCCGGUGUCCAUCCGCUUUGGCCGCCACCGGCUCUCCUCCAACGAGAAGCUUAUGCUGGCCUCCAUGUUCCAUUCGCUGUUCGCCAUCGGGUCACAGCUGUCACCUGAGGUUGGGAGCUCCGGGAUAGAGAUGCUGGAGACCGACACCUUCAAGUUGCACUGCUUCCAGACACUGACAGGGAUCAAAUUCAUGGUGCUUGCUGACCCAAGGCAGACAGGAAUUGAUGCUCUUCUUCGCAAAAUCUAUGAGAUUUACUCAGACUUCGCUCUGAAGAAUCCUUUCUACUCCCUGGAGAUGCCAAUAAGGUGCGAGUUGUUUGAUCAGAACUUGAAGCUUGCUCUGGAGGUGGCAGAGAAAGCCGGACCCUUUGGACCUGGAUCAUAGAGAAAGCCUCGCCUGUUGCAGAUUCAUUCAUCUGAAGAGUGGGGCCUCUCUCUUCCCUGGCUGGCCUCUCAUAAAGUUCCCCUCUCCACAGCAGAGACUGCUCAUCCCCAAAACAUGCCUCAGUAUCUCUCAAAAUACCGGUUUAUCCCCGUUGUUGUGAAACUUACCUUAAACAGAUUCCUUAGCACUGUUUACAGGGGGCACAGGGCCUUAUUUUGCUGUUGCAGCUCUGCUGCACUUGGGUACAGGAGAAGGUGCAGGUCUGUGGCCUUACCACAGUCAGUGCUUUUCUUUCCUGUCAUAAAUGUACAUACAUAUUUUUCCUGUAUAGCUCUAACUUAUGGUCUUGCAGAAGGUUUCUGUAUAGAAGUAAUAAGUGUUUAUUAAUGAGGCAAAUGGUUGUUUGCUUUCUGUUGAUGGGGAUAUUUGUGCCAGUGGCACCUCAAGAGGAUACAUGAGUUUGGAUGGUUUUGCUUACACCACUCUCCAUAAGACAACCGGGGCCUUUGUGACACUGCUUCAUUUUUAUUUCACAUAUAGAAGAAGAUCAUAUAAUUAAAUACAAAAUGUAAUUCA